AUGAGCACCGUGACGCACUCUCAGGCGCUAGGCUCUGCAAGCGAGACAAUCGCAGCUGCCUCCUUCCCAGUUCAAGACGACACCCAUGCCUCUGUCAAUCAGCAGAGCGACCCAACCUCGGCCUUGGCCAUCGAAGUCCUGCAUGGCCGAAUGGGUUGUGCUGUCUAUCUGAACGACGAGCAGCAGCUGUUACUUUGCGAAGAACUUCCCUGUGCCUUCGCCUUCGACGAUCGUGAUCCUGUCUCUGCCGCCAGAGACAUCGGUCCUCUCAGCGAGAAUCCCGAGCCAGAAGUAGCAGCUGCCGUCAUUGGAAACAACAUACCUGCUUUCGGUCAUCCUUCUUACGGUUUGGUGGGCAGUUUGUUAUCUCAGUUUCGUCCCGAACUCGUCGUAGUGUCUUCUAGGUGUCCAGAAUCGCUUCGUGACAUGCUACUUAAGUUUGCCGAACAGCACCGAAGCAUCCUGGACGUACGUCCUGCAAAGUUCUUCCAGGUAGCAGUGGGGCUUUCUAGUCUUGAAGAGGCAACAGUAUUCAGCCGAUACACAACGAGUCGGGAUCAUUCUGACUUGUUUCGGAACGAGCAAGAGUCCUUGUCUGCUCGGGUGGUCCUCGACGCAAAGGUGGCCAUUUCGAAAUCUGCCCUCUCUGUUGCAGCCGUAGGGCCGCUCUUGUCGAGCCUGCGCACCCGAGGCGAAGUCGGCCGCUCCCUUACUCUGGUGCCCUUGUGCUUGGACGACCAUCUCUUCCUCGAUGAGAACACGCUCAAAAGCCUAAACAUUUGUUCCGACGAUGUACAUGGCUUCGUGCACGCCAAACGCGGGCGAGAAGGAUUUUCUAUACUUGUCUCGCAAUCCCUAUUGAGAAGAUGGCUCAUGUUGCCCCUUGCAAACCGUUUAGAGAUCUCUAGAAGGCACGAAGCCGUCGAGCUGUUGGUUCGUCUGGAGUCAACAUCCGACAUCAUUCAGAUCCGAUCUCAGCUAGCGGAGCUCGGCGGUGUCCCUCAGAUCUGCUAUAAGCUCAACAUGGGAGUCGGUUCAGCCUCUACAUGGGCCGGGCUGCUCAAGACCUGCAAUGCGAUCAUAGCCAUCCGCAAUGAGCUGAAUGGUCUUGAUCUGUCCAAGUCCGAGAUGCUUCACCAGCUGAAGUCACAGCUGGUCGUCGAUUCCCUCCAGCAGCUGACGGACUCCAUUGGAAGUACGAUUGAUUUUGAGAUGAGCAAGGAGCAAGGGAAAGUCACCGUUCGGCCUGGUGUCGACACGCAUCUCGAUGAGCUGCGUGAGCAGCAAUUGCGUCUGCCUCAGCAGCUGGACCGUGUAGCAUCGGACCUUCGCGGACAGCCUGCCUUCAGACCCACCACCAGGCAAAUCGGCUACCUGAUCUGUGUUCCGGGAGGAGAGAUGAUCGAUAUGCUGGCCGAUCCGACUUUGGAGCAGCAAUUUGCCAGCGACGAAUACGUCUACCUGAAGAACAGCCGCAUGACGGAACUGGAUUUCAACCUCGGAGACAUAGCUUCCUUUAUUGUUGACAAGGAGAUUGAAAUUCUUGACAGUCUGCAGUCCGUGCUACAAAAAUGCAGUCCAGUCCUGCUUGCAGCGCAUGCAGCUCUGUGCCAGAUCGAUUGUCUCAUUGCAUUUGCUCGCGCCGCCACUCUUUAUGAUCUCAAGAAACCAAAUCUGGUCGAGAAACAAGUUUUACGUAUCAAAGGUAGCCGGCACGCACUCAAGGCUUUGUCGGAUGAAAGCUUUGUUCCAAACGACAUUGAGCUGCAUGGAGGACUCGGUCUUGCGGUUGAAUCUGUAGAACAAGAAAGCAAUGCAGUCGCCGAAGACGUCGGUUCUCAGUUGGCAGGAAGACACGUAGAUUCUCGACCGAGGUCUCAAAGGUCGGUGGAAACAGCUGCCGAGCCUGCUAGCAGAACAUACAGCUUGAUGGUAUUGACGGGGGCCAAUUCUUCUGGCAAGAGCUGUCUGCUUCAGCAAGCCGCACUUGCAGUGUACUUGUGUCAGUGUGGAAGCUUUGUACCCGCCGCUUCCGCUGAACUGGGCGUGUUCGACAAGAUUCUGACGAGGAUGCGACAGGACGAAUCGGUGGCGAGCGAAGGCAGCUCGUUCACACGUGAGCUUGGGCGCCUGCAUCGAGCGAUGGCAAUUUCUACCAAACGGAGUCUGGUCAUCCUCGAUGAGGUGGGUCGAGAAUGUCGUAGCGAUGAUGGUGCUGGACUGUUCAUCGCAACGAUCUACGAGUUCUUGGAACGAGGAAUCGAGUGUCCCAUUGUUCUUUCUGCAACUCACCAUCUGCGAGCGAUUGAGCGGCACCUACCCGAGACACUUCCGAUCCAACGUGCGCACAUGCAAACGCUCCAGCUACCUACCCUCACAUCGACCGACAGCACUCUUACAUAUCUAUAUCGUCUUCGACCGGGCUUCGCUGGCACGUCGCACGCCUGUCACUGCGCCCGACUUUGCGGUGUGCCUGAAUCAGUGGUCGAAAGAGCUGAUCGGAUCUGUAGGAUAGGCUUGCGUGCAUGGCACGAUUCCGAAGCGAGGCGGAAUGAAGCGGUGGUGAGAAGGUUGAUUCAGUUGGAUUUGGGAAACGAAGAGGAGGAGGAGAGGGAUCAGAGGAGGCCUGAGAUGGAUGAUGACACGGCGAGGAAAAUGAUUCGUUGGGUGUUGGAGGGCGACUUUGAUGAAGAGGAGCGGACUGCACGUGUCAUGUCGCAGAUCGAGACGGAGCGAGCUGCUGCGUGA